UGGUUGUGAUGGUCACUAUUACUACUUUAUAUAUGGCCACUGCCCAGCAGUGCUCACAAGCAUAGAUUCUCUGUUCUGUGCUGUAAAUCUAGAGCCCUCCAUCCAAGCUGGGUGGUGCACCAGGAGGAAUGGAUGGAUGAAUGAAUUGUGCUGUGUGAAUUUUUCUGCAUUGAUUCUCUUCUCUCUCUCUCUCUCUCUCUCUCUUCCUGCUGAUGGGAAAAGAUUGCCUACUUUUUCCUUGUCUUUACCACUCCAUUCCAUGGAUGCCCUUUUAUUUCUUCAUCAGUCUCUAGGUGGUUUUAGGAAAAAUGUGCAGCUGUUUCACACAUAUAUAGUGUUGCAUAUUCAUAUGCUUUAUUCUGUUUUCGACCUACCCCUUCACCUUCACAUAUAAAUACGACUCCGGGUUUCGUUUGUCUUCAUUGCAUUGCAUUGCACUAUCACUUCACAGUUCAUUGUCACAGCUAGUGUUUCACAGAUAUAUUGAAGGGUGCACUUAAUCUUUUGACAGAAAGGAUGAGCUAUAUGAACUCUUCUGCAGGUUCUGGAAGUAGAACUGCUAGAAGGACUUUUGAGUUUGGAAGAACAUAUGUGGUGAGGCCUAGAGGAAAACACCAGGCUACCAUAGUUUGGCUGCAUGGCCUUGGGGACAAUGGUUCCAGUUGGUCUCAGCUCUUAGAAGGCCUUCCUCUUCCAAAUAUAAAAUGGAUAUGUCCCACGGCCCCUACGCGUCCAGUGGCUAUACUUGGUGGAUUUCCUUGCACUGCUUGGUUUGAUGUUGGGGAGCUAUCAGAUGAUGGUCCAGAAGAUUUUGAAGGCUUAGAUGCAUCAGCUGCACACAUAGCAAACUUACUGUCAGCUGAGCCAGCAGAUGUAAAACUUGGUGUUGGAGGCUUCAGCAUGGGCGCUGCCACUUCGCUCUACUCAGCCACCUGCUUCGCGCAGGGAAAAUAUGGCAAUGGCAAUCCUUAUCGUGUCAACUUGAAGACAGUUGUUGGUCUUAGCGGGUGGCUUCCUGGUUCAAGGUAUGUGAGCAAUAAGAUUGGAGGAUCACAUGAGGCGACUCGACGCGCUGCAUCCUUGCCCAUUCUGCUCUGCCAUGGGACAGGAGAUGAAGUGGUUCCCUACAGGUAUGGAGAGAGGUCUACCCAUGUCUUGAGCUCAGCUGGAUUCCGGAACCUUUCACUUAAAACAUAUGAAGGGCUUGGUCAUUACACGGUGCCAAGGGAGAUGGAGGAGGUCCGCCAUUGGUUGAGUGCGAGGCUUGGGCUUGAAGGUUCACGAUAAUGAAUCAUAUUAUUGUUAUUAUUAUUAUUAUUAUUAUUAUUAUUAUUAUUAUUAUUAUUAUGAAUCCUGGGAUUAGAGUAGUUGAAGAAGAAGGGUGGUGUGGCAUGAGAAUAAAAGUGAAGAGAUUACGACACUGUACUAUAUAGUUUUGUAGGUGUUUGGGCUCUGAUCUGGUGAAUGUAGAAAUUUUAGUUUCCAGUUUUGACUGAAACCUAGUGCAAAAUAAAAGAUUUGGGGUAUGGCUUUUCAUUUCUGCUGUAGGAACACGUGUAAUUUGCUUCCAAUAUUUCACUAAGAAUUUUGGUAGUUGUAAUACUAUAUGUAUAAUCUUAGUUCAUAUUAUGUUUUUACUUAUCUAA